AUGAAUGAGCAAGGCCUUGCAAACAACGGAGUGGAACAACAAAUGUUCACCGUAGAAGUGAGAGACGGUCACACCGGAGUACAAUCAAAUAUCACUUACACGCAGAAAUCCAUGGUCGGUCAUGGAUCGUUUGGAUACGUUUAUCAAAUAACAUUAUUGCAUGAUAAUUCCAAAGCAGCAAUCAAGCGGGUUUUACAAGACAAGCGUUACAAAAACAGAGAAUUAGAAAUUAUGAGACUCAUAAAACAUAAGAAUAUUGUCAGUCUUCUUUCUUUCUUCUACAAGACAAAUGAGAAAGAUGAGUUAUAUUUGCAUUUGAUUUUGGAAUAUGUCCCAGAAACAUUAUACAAAUCAUGUCAUUGGUAUACCUCCAGGCAAAAAAUUAUGCCAAAUUUUGAAGUGAAACUAUAUUCAUACCAACUUUUCAGAUCUCUCCUAUAUAUCCAUUCGUUGGGAAUCUGUCAUAGAGACAUCAAACCCCAAAAUCUCCUUAUUGAUCCUCUCAAUGGAAUAUUAAAGCUUUGCGAUUUUGGAUCUGCAAAAAUUCUAAAUCCUGCCGAGCCGAAUGUUUCGUACAUCUGUUCCAGAUACUACAGAGCUCCAGAGCUCAUAUUUGGAGCCAGAAAUUACACCACCAAGAUCGAUUUGUGGUCUGCUGGUUGCGUCAUCGCAGAGUUGCUUCUAGGGCAACCGCUAUUUCCUGGUGAAUCUGGUAUUGAUCAACUGGUUGAAAUAAUAAAGAUUUUAGGAACUCCAUCCAAAGAUGAAAUAAAGUCUAUGAAUCCGAAUUACAUGGACCACAAGUUCCCGUCCAUAAAGCCUAUUCCGCUGCAAAAGAUAUUCAAGCAUGUUGAACCAGAAUGUUUAGAAUUACUACAACUGGUGCUCAAUUACUCACCAAUUUUGAGAAUUGGGGCUGCAGAGACAUUGACUUGUAAGUUCUUCGACGAGCUCAAAGCCCAACCAAAUAUCACGUUCCCAAACUACAGAAACUACAAGAUCCAACACGAAAUUAUCAUUCCGGAUUUGUUUGAUUUCUCCAAAAGGGAGCUUAGCGUGAACCCUUCAUUGAUCGAUUCAUUGGUGCCUGCAUGGAAACGCGACCAACUUGGAUUUGAUCUUCAAUCGUUUGUGCCAUACUCAGGCGAACAGCUCAUGGAUCCGUCCUUAAAUUAG